GCGGCGGGGUGGAGGCGGGGCUCGGUCGCAGGGGAGGUCUGCUGGAGCUCAUGUUCCCACUGACUGGGGCCGAGGUGCCAGCGGGCAGCUCCUCCCUCCCAGCGACCCGCCUGCGCGGACGAGGCUGUGCCGGGAGUCAGGGUCAGGGAGCAGAGUCCGGCGUCCCUGACAGAGACCCAGCCUGUGCCAGGCUCCAGCUCCGAGGCACAGCUGAUACACGUUGCCACGCCAACCGGGGCAGUUUUGGCACCUGAACCUCAACUUGAAGAAGAGGAUAGUCGCUGCGUCACUCCGUCGCUGUGCCCCGGGCUCACGGAUUAGAACCUGACCGGUCCAGAACCAGGGCACUUUACUCAACUGGGAUGAACCUGAAUUGACGUUACCGUCUCGGAAUGAUUGAUAAUUAUGAUUGACAUUAGGAACAGUAAUUGAGGUUCUUGUCUGUCUUCCUGGUUCAGAACAAGCCAGGGAGAACCGCUGGGAAGAGAUUUCUCGCGGGCUUCUUAAUCUACACUGGUGUGGACUGGGCUGUGUGGGAUUACUGGGCCAGACUGGAGGGGGCCGGACAGGAGAGAGGCUCUGUUCCCGCAGCUGCGAGCACUGGACCCCAGGGAGCAGGAGUAGGCGCCUGCCGUCCAGGAGGAUGGGGGUGCUGCUGCAGUAUUCCCGGGAGACCCCUCCCCCGCCCCUGACGCUCUGGCGCCCCCUGGACUUCGCCCUGGGCGCGGCGGCCUGCUGCGGGGCCUGCGUGUUCACCAACCCGCUGGAGGUGGCCAAGACGCGGCUGCAGCUGCAGGGGGAGCUGCGCGCGCGGGGCUCGUACCCGCGGCCGUACCGCGGCGUGCUGCAGGCGCUGUGGGCGGUGGCGCGGGCCGACGGGCUGGCCGGCCUGCAGAAGGGGCUGUCGGUGGGCCUGCUGUACCAGGGCGUGAUGAACGGGGUCCGACUGGGGGUCUACUCCCGCGCGGAGGCCGCGGGCCUUACCCAGCCCCCAGGGGGCAGUCUGGCCACGGGCGCCACCGCAGGGGCUCUGGGAGCGUUCGUGGCCAGCCCCGCCUACCUGGUGAAGACGCAGCUCCAGGCCCAGACUGUGGCUGCCGUCGCCGUGGGCCACCAGCACAACCACCAGGUGAGAGGGGCACAGGGGCACAGGGGCACAGGGGCAGGGAGAGGCGCAGAGGGGUGGAGAGAACAGAGGACACACAGUUACAGCUGCUGCCAGUCUGCCCAGAUAGCCCCCUGGGUUUUAGUACUUCAGCAGCUAAUGAUCCCAGUGCCUCGUCCAGCCACUUCUUCAAGUGCAUCAUCUUCAGCAACGUGCCUGGGCCGCCUGUUCCAGACUCCCGCUACCCGCUGU